GCUGCGUUUCGCCCUCUGCACCGAGUCGCGCUCACAGCGGCGCUCGCGAAGGAUCCAGGCUCCAGGCGCUGGCGCCGGGGCCGCGGAAGAGGCGACUUCGCUGCCUGCGGCGGGCGCGGCCGGGCGCCCGAGAGCGGCGUCCCGAGGACCCGGUACCCCGGGUGUGCAGAGGUCUCCUAGCAACCUUUCCAGGAAUUCCAACUACCCUGAAACUGAUGAGUUUGCUUUGGGAGUCCAAGAGCCGGUGAAACCAGAGGCCACCAUGGGUCAGAAGGUCACUGGGGGGAUCAAGACUGUGGAUAUGCGGGACCCCAUGUACCGGCCCCUGAAGCAGGAGCUCCAGGGCCUGGAUUACUGCAAGCCCACGCGGCUGGACCUGCUGCUCGACAUGCCGCCCGUGUCCUACGACAUCCAGCUGCUGCACUCCUGGAACAAUGACGACCGCUCACUCAACGUCUUCGUCAAGGAGGAUGACAAGCUGACCUUUCACCGGCACCCGGUGGCCCAGAGCACAGACGCCAUCAGGGGCAAAGUUGGGUACACAAGAGGGCUGCACGUGUGGCAGAUCACGUGGGCCAUGCGACAGCGGGGCACACACGCGGUGGUGGGGGUAGCCACGGCCGAUGCCCCGCUGCACUCUGUUGGGUACACCACCCUCGUGGGGAAUAACCACGAGUCCUGGGGCUGGGACUUGGGGCGCAACCGGCUCUACCAUGAUGGCAAGAACCAGCCCAGCAAAACGUACCCAGCCUUUCUGGAGCCGGACGAGACAUUCAUUGUCCCCGACUCCUUCCUUGUGGCCCUGGACAUGGAUGAUGGGACCCUGAGCUUCAUCGUGGAUGGACAGUACAUGGGGGUGGCUUUUCGGGGACUCAAGGGCAAAAAACUGUAUCCUGUAGUGAGUGCCGUCUGGGGCCACUGUGAGAUCCGCAUGCGCUACUUGAAUGGACUUGAUCCCGAGCCCCUGCCACUCAUGGAUCUCUGCCGGCGGUCCGUGCGCCUGGCCCUGGGCAAGGAGCGCCUGGGCGCCAUCCCCGCACUGCCCCUGCCCGCCGCACUCAAGGCUUACCUCCUGUACCAGUGAUGCGGCCUGGGCGCCACGUGGCCACCAGUGGUGCCCACUCACUGAGCCCUGGGCCACCGCACCUGUGCCCAGGCCCGCAGGCCCUGGCGAGUGCCGCUCACCCUCUCUGCUGUGGCUGCCUUUGCUGGGCUGGACUGCUGGACUGGACCUGACCGGACCGAUGCCACCUGGGCUCCAUUCCUCCCUUCCCGGGCUGCCCAUCCCAGCCCUUCCCUGGAACCAGACGCAGAGAAUAAACUCCUACGAAAGUCUCA